CAGCUCGUCUCUGCGAGGCUGGUUGGGCAUCAUGCUUGUGUUCAUUGAUGAGUCAUAAAGAUGGUGCGUCAAGGAGCACGUGCUGUGCUGCUGGUGGGUUGUGUGGCGCUGCUCCUGUCCUGCGCAGGGACCAAGAGACCGGCCAAGCUCCGCCACAACUCGGGACGAGGUGCGCACACUCAGAUCUGUCAAUGGAUGUAUCACACAAACUCUGCGGAUGGAUGGAUGUGACUCUCUCUCUCUGUUUGCUUGCGUUGAUUGAUUGACUGGCUGCACUAACUGCAGGGGCCGUCUCGUCCACUCACGGCCGGUCGCUGCAGGAGGAACAAGCGCAUGAUGCACCCGGUAAGUCUGUCAUUCAUGACAGACAGAGACUCAUACACACACUUCCCUCGCUGUUUCUGUCGACGUGCGUGUGUGGUGUGGUGCAGACCCCGUUUCUCCCUCGCUGUCGUCCCUCUCCCUCCCCCCAUCCCCCGCCAACACGUCGACGCUCGCAUUUCUCCUCAACUUCACCCAGCCCGUCGCUAUCACGGCCGACGCUAUAAUGCUCGACGGCUCCAUCUGCCGCCCCGAUGCGGUCUGCAGCGUCGACAGUGUCAGGCCGACAGAGGGCAGCGAUGUGGGGGACUUCGCGACGGUGUGGGAGGUGGAGGUCAGUGUGGGGGAUGGAGAGGGGGUUUUGGAGGUUGACUUGGGGGCUGACAUGGUGCUCGGCGAGGGAGGCAAUGCGCUCAACAAGACAGCGUCGGAGCAGACGCUGCCAGUGGAGAUUGAGAUAGGUAAACAAACGUAUUGGGUGACCACAAUGUGUGUGUGUGUGUGUGUGUGUGUGAAUUUUUGGUGUGUGACCUUUGUUUGUCCUAUCUGGAUGCAGACACCGUCGCUCCAUCAUUGGUGUCGAUGAGCAGCCCUCCCGGCCCCAUCCCGUCUGCCACCUUCCCCAUCACCCUGCACUUCAGCGAGCCCGUGGCCCUCAACGCCUCUGCAUUCAUCACGCUCACCGGCCCCUUGUGCGACACACGGUGCAGGUAUGCGCGCGCCCAGCGUGUAAAGACAGACACGCAUCGCAUGUGUGUGUCGGUGUGUGUGCACAGUGUGUUGGGUAGCUCUGGUCUGCCUGCGGCUGAUGAGGACGACCCCGAGUUUGAGGGAUUUGCCCGCGAGUGGGAGGUGACCAUCGAGGCCGACGAGGGCGACGGCAACCUGACGGUGGCCGUGGCGGCUGGCGAUGCAGCAGUGGUGGAUAGGGCGGGCAACGCUAUCAGGGAUGGACGCAUCGACAAUGGCACGCUCACUGUCGCCAUUGGUGAGUCUGCUCAGCAGGGUAGAAAAAAAUCACACAACAUGUUGUGUGAUGUGUUGUGGUGGUGUGUGCAGACACCGUGGUGCCCACAUUGGUGUCUGCGGACGCCCCUCAGGGCCCGCUGAGCACGCCCUCCUUCACCGUCAACUUGACCUUCUCCGAACCGGUGGCCAACAUACAGCCAGAGGUGACCACAGACCGACCCACAAACACACGACCAACCAACAGGCGCUCAUUCUCCCCUCUCUGUGCUGUGUACCGUCAGCUGACAGGCGACCUCUGCAACGCCACGGCCGGCCUAAUGUGCAACAUCACCUCCAUAGAUGCCUUCAGCCCCGACGGCGAGGGCUAUGCGUCACGAUGGUCAUUUGUUGUGUCGACGGCUGGAGGUGAGGGCCGCGUGGUCGUCAGCCUGGUCAGCGACGCUUCCACCGACAGGGCCGGCCUGGCCCCCGCAGACGACGAAGACCCGACUGUCGUCACACGGAUAAUCGGUCAGUCAGUAAGGGGAGAAGGAAAGGGCAAUGGUUGAUUGCAUUGCACCGACAUGCUGCUGCUGAUCUGGUCUGGUCUGGUCUGAUGUGGUGCGGUGCAGAUACGGUGGCUCCCUCUCUGCUAAACAUGAGCACUUCUUCCCCUCUGGUCGCAUCGACGUCCUUCGACGUGUCGCUGACAUUCUCUGAGCCCGUCGCUGUCGACAUAGACCGAGUUGUGACACUGCGAGGGCCGCUGUGUGAGGAAACAGAGUGCCGCAUUGCCGAGGUCGAGCCGGCCGGCGACGCCGAUGACGACGAUCUGUCUGACCAGUGGGUUGUGACGGUGGAGGCCGGCGACGAAGACGGCCGCAUGGAGGGCUCUGUCGUCAUCGAUGUCAACGAGAAUGCGCUUAGGGACAGGGCUGGCAAUGCUCUCAACGCCACUGCUUCGCCCGUCAACACAACAGGCUUCGAGCAAUCCAUCGGUAGGUACCCUCCCUCCAAACAUGCACACACAGACAGAGACACCUUCUGGUGUCUGUCUGCAGAUUCGGUGCCCCCCCGGCUGAUGGCCCUCCGCGGGCAGCGCGCCAAUGCCACCAGCCAGACGAUCGCCGUCAACGCGACGUUCUCCGAACCAGUGUCGUUCGACUCCACGCGGAUCGAGCUGUCCGGGUCGGCGUGCGACCCCACCAACUGCACCAUCGGCGCUGUGCGCCCAUUGGAGGCGGAGGGGGAGGAGGCUGAGGGCGAUCUGUCGUCCGUGUGGCAGGUGGAUAUUGUGGCGGGUGAGGAGGAGGGGACGGUCUUCGCCCAGUUCCUGCCGAGCGUGUCGUCGGACGCCGCGGGCAACGAGCUCACCACCGACGGCGAGGAAGCACUGCUCGCCACCUUCUCUGUCGGUAAAAAAGGAAGAAACCACGCGCCUGUGGAUGGAUGUCCCAUUUCCAAUUUCCCAUUUCCCAUUUCUACUCGGUUCUGUCAGAUGGCGUCAGGCCGCGGCUGUCCUUCCUGUCAUUGCCCUUCCGUGUGCUCAACCUGACCAGCCUCACCGUCACGGCCGUAUUCUCUGAACCUGUCGCCCUCAACGCCUCAGGCAUACAGCUCUCCGGGUCGGCAUGCGCACAAGACAACGACACGUGCCGCGUGGGGCCCGUUCGGCCCGCCGACGACACAAUCCAGGCGUUCGCGUCGCGAUGGGCGAUCGAGGUAGUGGUGGGCGAGACGGAGGGGAGGCUGCGGAUCGCCGUGCUGACCAGUGCUGGGGCGGACAACGCCGGGAAUGAGCUGGAGGUUCAGACAUUUGGCGGCGUGGAUGGGGACAUUGCCAUGGCCAUCUCCAGGACCAUCGGUGCGUGGUCAAUGCAGACAGACAGACAGACAGACAGACAGGUCGAUAGGUCGAUAGGUCGACGCUUUCUCAGACAUUAUGUCUGUCUGUCCGUCUGAAUAUGGCUCGCGCAGACACUCGUCCGCCACGGCUGGUCUCCCUGACGGCGCCCGAAGGCCCGAGCCUGGACUCGGCCACGAUGCGCAUUAUAGUCACCUUCAGCGAGCCAGUAUCCCUGCCGCUCGACUACUCUGCCAACGACACUGUGUCGGCAGCACUGCCGCCCCUGGCUGUGGUGGCGAGCGGGAGUGCCUGUGGGGAGGGUGGGGUCGGGUGCUAUGUGUCGGCGGUGGAUGCGGCGGAUGAGGGCGGGGAGCGGCAGGAGUGGCUGCUCAACGUGACGGCCGUCACGGAGGGCAAUGUGACGGUGCGGCUGGUGCCGACGCAGAUACGCGACAGGGCCGAGAACGGGCUGCGGGUCAACGACACGGAGGGAGGGGGAGACGACAUGAUGGUCUUCUCCAGACAGAUCGGUGAGACUUGAUACGAGCGACAGGAGAAAGAUUUAUCCAUCCACCGACCAUGGAAAUGCUACGCUUCGAUUUGAUGCAGAUCUGACGGGUCCGUCGAUCACCCUCAGCAGCACAGUACCGGCCGUCACUUACGCCCCCAACUUCACCGUCACAGCCGAACUCACCGAGCCAUGCGACACCCUCACAGCCGACUCCCUCACUCUGAGAAACGCCCGGCUACUCAGCUUCGACGUCGACGAGUCGGGUGUGAGCAUUGAGAUGCUGGUGGAGCCCAUCGCUGGAGGGGCUGUGAGAGUGGGCUUCCCUGCCGGCGCGUGUCAGGACAGUGCCGGAAAUGACAACUUCCCGAGCACGGUGGUUUCCACCACAUAUGGUCGGCGGGUGGGACGUAAUGAAUGUCAUCCGUCAUCCGUGCAUGCCACUGUCACUGUGUGUGUGCUUCGUUCGGUCCGUGCAGACGAUUCGAUGCCGCAAGUGGAGGUCGCUCUCGCUAUCGACACCGACGCCCUACCCACCGACGCGUCAGAUCGGCCGCUGACCCGCAACGCCACUCUCCCACUCAGUCUGACCUUCUCUAGACCGCUCUAUGCCACGGAGGCGCCGCUGCUCAACGUCAGCAAUGCCAGAGUGGUGGAGGGCUUUGAGUUUGAGGACGGGUCGACCGAUGUGGAUGGCGUGCUGCAAGCCGACGGCCAGGGGAAUGUGAGCAUCGGUGUGGCUGCGGGGGUGCUCCAGGACGAGUACGGCCGCCCCAAUGACGGGUCCAACACUGUCGUGCUGAUCUAUGGUAUGUAUGUCUUAAACACCCUGACUGAUGCGCUGAUCUGAGUGCCCCCUGUCUGUCUGUGUCCUCCCUCCGUCCCUUGUGUGUGUGCAGACUCUGUCCGUCCGGUGCCGUCCCUUUCCACCACAAGCACGUCGCCGUCCACCACCCCAACGCCCUUCGUGGUGACCAUCAGCCUGACCGAGCCCAUGGCGGACUUGAACGAGACCGACGUCAUCAUCACCAACGGCACCCUCCAAUCGUUCACACCCAACACAGAGAGGGGCGAGAACGUCUCCUUUUCGGCAGCAGUGGUCCCCAACGUGACUGACGGCGAGUGGGGCGCGGUGGAGGUCAGGGUGCGGGAGGGCGCUGGGAAUGACGUGGCAGGGAACCCCUCACAGGCCAGCGGCAGUCUCGUUAUGCAAUAUGGUGGGCGACACACGCACAGCAGAGCACAGCACAGCACAGCGCAACACACCGCAACACAACAGAAGGGAAUCGUGUGUGUAUGUGUUUGUUGUACGUACCCGUGUAGUGCCGAAGGUGAGGUUCACGACUGCCUGGCUCACCCCGACGGCGUCAGUGCGGCCCGUCACCACCCCCAAUGUGUUCCAUCGGCUGGCGAUAGCCGCCAGGCCCUUCUCCAUGACCGUCAACGGGACCUCCCUGACAUCGAGCGUCCCACAGCUCCGCACCACCAACCAGCACCGCACAUACGCCGCCCUCUUCCGACGCAGCGGAGACAUCUCUUGCGCCGACGGUCUUGCAAACGCAUCCCGCCUCCUCUCUCCCCCCGUCCAGUGCGUCCCAUCUGACGACAUCAUCCCCUCCACUGUCACAUGUGGGCCCUUUGAAAUGGACUCGGCGGCUUCCUAUGAGCUCUGUGUGUGCGAUGCCGUCGAGGACUCGGCAUAUCGGUGCAACGGCAGCGACUGGUCGGCCUUCAGCCACGGAGCGCGUAGCCUCCAAAGCGGCGAGGCCGGCACCCUCAGCGUGCCCCGAGGCAGCGUCGAGCUGGAGGUGGGCGACUCGGGCGUCCCCAAUGCCAAACUGACCAUCACCGCACCGGCGUCGAAGUCUCCCAGCCUCUUGUUCGUCGGCACGUCGGUGUUCCUCACUUCAAGCCCCAGAUGCGACGACAUGGGCGGCAACGGCACGGUGGCGCGGCGGGCCAGCGCCCUCUGCUCGCGGAUCCGGCGGCACUCUGACGACCUCCUGCACGACGUGUCUUGCAGCUACGAGCUGGACGAGUACCCGCCCCCGGGGAAGUACACCAUCUGCUGGGGCAACCCCCACACACAGCACUUCAUCACCCUCGGGCCAAUCGACACUUUCAAGAUCCUCCCCAGUGCUGCCUCGUUUGCCUGCCGUCAGGCGCUGCAGCGGGCUGACGUCGUCAGCGUGUGCAGUGCACGGGUGCCUUCCCGUCUGCUGCCGGAGCCAUCGGCUCUCGUCCUGUGCUAUUCCCAGUGCAACCUCCCCGCCGGGUCGAGGUCUCAGCGCAUCGGCUGCCCCCUGCCUGAGUCGACGUCAGGUGCGCGGCCGCCCCUGCUGUCGGACCCAAUGGCGUGCAUCAAUGUGGAGCCGCCGCGGGUCGUCGGCUCGUCACUGUGGAGCGAUCUGGGUGGAAUACACAUUGACUUCGACGUGGCUGUGGGGCCACUUGCAGCAAGCGCCGUCCCAACAGGCAGCCAAACCAACGGCAGCAGCCCUGCGGUCGAUUGUGGUGCACUCCUCCCUCCUGAGCUGCUGAGUGAGCUGGGUAGCGAUCCCAGAUGUUACUGGGCUGCCGGAACGCGUCUUGAGGUCGCCUUAGGGUGGAAUGCGACGUUCGGUGCUGGUGGUGGUGGUGAGAGAAAUGCGACCAUCUUGCCAGGCCGUGUUCAGAGGCUCGAUGCGGCCAGGGACGUGCCGACGGUCGAGUGGGUGCAGAACGACGAGCAGAGGCUUACAGCCCGGGUGGAGCUGCCUGCUGCCCGGCCGCACGUGUGGCUCUCUGCCCCAGCGGUCAUCCCCGCGUGUACGGGUGUGGAUGUCUUCGGUGAAGCCUCGCUUGUCGGCCCUGGGAGGCGGUUUGCCCGAGUGGAGUGGUCAUGCCACGUCAGGACUGGCGGCAGUGAGGGCGAUGGUAGCUACCACGGCACACACGAGUGUCCCGAAGAGCUGAAAGAGGUCUUCCACAACGCAUCGGCUGCCCAGCGAAUGAUCCUCAGUGUUCCCCCUGCCAUGACCGACCCUGCCCUUUUGCGAAAGGGCUUUUCCUCCACUGCAGGGGAUGGUGCUGAUGGCGAUGGCGUGGCUCUGGAGGUCUCGCUGGUCGUCGAGAACUUCCUGGGAUGGCAGACAAACGCCACGGCUGUCAUCAACGUGUCAUCAACGGAUGAUCCUGUGGCCGUCGUGCGCCCCAUGACGCCUCAGAGCAUCGUCAGUGCUGCUGGGGACAAGGUAUCCUUUGAGGUGGCGGCGUUCGCUGCGACCAAGGGCAACUGCUCGGAGGCCUCCACCGGGCGGUGCCUCACCGACAUUCUUGCUGCCCGGCUGCCCGUCGACGUCGAGUGGGUGUUUGCCGAUGGAUCCCAGAUGGGCGGCAUGACGCGCCGACCGAGGGUCUCCUUCUCGCCGCAGGAGUCAGUCAACAUCUCGGCUCGCAUCACAGUCAGGAGCGACCCGACAGCUGUGGCGGAGGUGCCCUUCACGGUGACCAUCAACCACACGCAACCGCAUCUUGUCAUCGAGGGCCCGGCGCGUGUGGCGGUUUCCUGCCCGUUCACACUCACUGCUGUAUCAUUCCCAGAGGACCGCCGGCAGUCGCCUGCCUACGCGUGGAGCUGCAGAUACAACAACACAGCAGGGGAGAGCUGCUUCGCUGACCCAGAGAGAAAUCCGCUCGGCAAUGCGACUGCAGCGUCUGUGGCCAUUGAUGCGGUGUUGUUGAGACGGGAGGGCCUGUAUGUCUUUGGGGUGCGGAGGGGUGGGGGAGAGGAGGGUGAGGGUGAUGGUGAUGGUGGUGCAGGGGGGUUUGUGGAGCAUCGUGUGGCUGUAGUUCGGUCACGGUAUGCGAUGGGCGUGGCGAGGAUGGGGGACAUGCAGAGACUGCAGAUGAGUGUCCAAGGGCGAAUCAACAUGAGGGCCGAACUCGACGUGACCGAACAAUGCCAGCUCCCGGUAACCCCACCACGCCACACACACACACACACAGAGAAACAGAGAGAGAGAGAGAGAUACUCGUGGGGCAUAUCCUAGAUGCAUCCAUCCCUUCCCUCAGGCUGACGUGCUAUGGUCCUGGGAGGUAUCCCGGCUCCCCGCCCCAUCCCUCACCUCCCUCCCCCCUCGCAGACUCCCACACACACUCGUGACCUCCUUCCCACCCUCAUGGGCCUCCACCGCACCCGCUCCCACCAUGAAGGUCUACGGCCGGCUGGCAUCCAACACGCUGGCGGCUCCGGCGUGGUACAGCUACGCGCUGGUGGUGUCGGGAGCCGACGGGGUGGCGCUGUGGCAUCACGAGUCGGCGCCCUUCGUGGUGCACGCUGCGCCUGUGCACGGGGAGGUCCGGGUGCACCCUCACCAAGGGGAGGAACUGUGCGCGGCGUUCCGGAUGCAGCAGGGAGGUAGGCAUGCCAUGGCAUGCAUAUGCAUGUGUGUGUAUGUCAUGUCAUGUCACUAUCCAUCCAUCCAUCCGGUUGUGGUGUGUGUGUGUGUCUCUAUGUGUGUGCAGGUUGGGGCACGAGCGCAGGGCCUCUUGAGUACUCGUACGCGCGGCGGCUGGUGGUGGAUGGUGAGGUGGACGUCAAGUCAGAGGUCCCGUUGAGCAGCUGGUCGCCAGAGGCUGCCUUGGUGGUGCCGCUCACAGUGCCCCCAGGCAUGCCCAACGCCACCUUUGUCAUCGUGGGGCGGGCCAGGGACCGAUUUGGCGGCAUUUCGUAACCUCACACCACUCACCUGGAUGGCUGGAUGCAUGAGGCACGUGAUUCAUUGGUGUGAGUGUGUCUGUGUGUGUGUGUGAGUCAGUGAGGCGGCUGUGUUGCCCCGUGUGGUGGUCACCCGUCGUGUGCUGAGCCAGGAGGACGUCUCGUCCGCCCUCGACCUCGCCAGCGCCGAAUCUACACCGCCAUCAGGUGAAUGAACCAGCCCCCCGCCCGCCAUCCAGAUCGAUCGACCACGUGUGCUGUGCUUGAUUCAUCCAUGCAGUCGCCCUAGGACUGCUCAUCAGCGCCGCCGGCUCGCUGCAGGACACCGAGGAGGCGGAGGCGGCCAACAAGACAGCCGACGCUGAGAAGGAGGUCGGUCCCAGGGUGCCGUCUGAGGCCGACCGUGCUGUGAGUGUGAAGCUGCUGUCGAGCCUUGGGAGUGUGGUUCAGCGGCAGACGGAGGGCGAGGAGCUCACCGACGGGUCAGUGGCGCUGCAGAGCGACGCCAUUGGCAACGCAGUCGUGGCCGUCGACAGGAGGGGCACUCUCGACAAACCCAACUCCAAGAACGUACGUACGUCAGACAGCCACCCCACCCCACCGACAGACAACGGGAAUGUCUGUGUGCAGGUACUGAACACGAUGGACACCUCUCUCAGCGGCGCCAAGCGUGUCGGCGGUAUGGAGCAGAGGGCGGCCGGCAACCUGGUGGACGCCAGUGUGCGCAUCCUCCAGCGGCAGGCCCCCAGCAGACAGCCGGUGUCGCCGUCGAGCAAUAGCACCGCGACCAAGGCCGUGGAGGCGGCCCGGCGACUGCAGCAGGAGGUGGAAGACCAGCGAGCCAUGGCCAAACAGCUCGUCGGGGCCGCAGGGAACGUCGGUAUGUUAUGUGAGGGAAGGGAAGCACGCCGAACGUGUAUGUUAUGUGGGUGGUGUUGUGUAUGUUAUGCGUGUGUGCAGCUGAGCUUAUGGGUAAGCGUCUCAAGAAGGGCAACAAGGUCGUCGUCGAAAAGCAGGGCCUCUCCGUUGCUGUCCUCGCAGACGUAAGUGACGAACGAACAAAACCCUUGCCACGACUAACUCAACACAACGCAAUGCACACACAGCAACAAUCUCUCAAUCUCUCUCUCCUUCAUGUCAUGUGUGUCAUGUGUGUGGUAGGACCCGAGUCGCCUGCUAGCGCGUGGCGGCACCACCCUGCCCACUCGCAGUGGCAAGGUGUCGCUACCGUCGCUGGCCUCCCUGGACACCCCCGCAGCCCGGCGGGCGGCAGAGGAGGGACCCAACGGCUGUCGUGCCUCGGCUAAGGUGGCCGCCAAGACAGUGGCGUGGCCUGCCAAUCCAUUUGGAUUGGGGGAAGCAGCCGGGCAGUGGGGCGACACGGCCGUCGGGGCUGAUAUGCUCUCCAUUUCUCUGAGCCAAUGCGACGUACGCGACCAAUGAGCGCCACGCAUGUGUGUGUGUGUGUGUUGUGAUGCUGUCUUUCUUUCUAUGUAGGAGGACCUGCGCGUGCACAACCUCUCAGAGCCCAUCAGGAUAGUGCUGCCCAUCCCCCGCCCCCAGCCGUCCGACGCCGCCCUCGCCUUCGCAAUCGACCUCAAACGUAACCUCACCAUACAGACGUGGCGGCAGAACCUGACCCUGACCGAGGAGGACCUCCCCCUGCCCCUCCCCAACAUCACCACCAUGUCCGUCGACCAGAAGCUCGCAUGGGCCAGCGACCUCUCGGCCAUCAACCGGUCCAUCGCCGACCCCACGGCCAUCAGGGCACUGAGGUCCCUCAGCCUGUCCGUGGACCCUCGUGUGUGUGCCUUCUGGGACGAGGAGGGUGGGAGGUGGUCGAGUGAGGGGUGCGUUACGAGAGGCGACCUGAGCAACGCCACACAUCUGGUGUGCGACUGCACACACCUGACGGACUUCUCGGCGCUGCUGGAAGUGGUGAGCUGGGUGGGGGGGCUGGGGGUGGAGAAGGAUCUGCCAGCCAUCCCGGUGUUGUGUUGUGUUGUGUUGGGUUGUUUGCUGCACGUUGCUUGCUAAUUGCAGACGUGGGAUGUGUUCAAAAAUUUCGGCCAGGCUUUUGUGGUGUUGGCAGAGCGGGGGAUCGAGGCCCUGAUGGAGCUCAACCCCAACAACCUCGGCGUCUGGACGGUCUUCGCCAUCACACUCAUUCUCCUCGCUCUCAUCAUCUUGUGAGCAGCUCAUAUGCUAUGCCCCCACGCGCAGCACCAACACGCACUCACUCACACACAGUUGCUGCGGGCGUGGCGUCUUGUGUGUGCAGUGCGUGGCGGUGGGACAGGAAGCACCCCCUGACGGACGAGCUGCUCAAGCGGCUGCUGCUGAGCGACGCCGCCAUCCGGACCAAGUACCUCGACUACUUGGAGGCCAAAGAAAGACCCAACUGCUGUGUGCGAAUAUACAGGUGUCUAAUGCAUUUACCAACUUCCACUACACGAGCACCGCUUAUUUUUUGUUCUCUGCAUGCUGCUUACCUGUGUGUGUGCCUGUGUGUGUGUGUGUGUGUGUGUGUAGGUCUCUGCGUGCCCGGAUGCGUGGUGACAAGGAGGUGCAGCUGCCGGCCUUCUACCGCGACUGGGCCAUGGCACGCGACCUCAGAAGAGAAGUCGAGGAGCUGGCCAGGACAGGAGACCCCAAAGCCCGACAGGUCAGUCAGCAAGCAGCAAACCACACACACGCUCACACACUCACACACACAGACACAGACACGCCAGCACGCGCAGUCAGUCACUGAUUGGGUGCACCUGUCUUCCCUCUCUCUUCCCCUCUCUCUCCCUCUCUCUGUGCAGCUGCGGAACUUGAUGCGUCGCCACGAGACAUAUCAGGUGGCCCGUCGGGUGCACGAGCUCCCGACGCUAUCCGAGAUCCUCGCGGCCAAGAUGCUUCCGCGCAUUCAGCAGAGGAAGGCCACUAAGGGCCAGGCGGCGAGACACAGCUGGCCUGUGCUAAACAAAAGGGGAAUCGGCACCAUGCCCAUGCAGCCACAGGGGACCGUCGACAGCCUCUCCCCGUCUGCGACCAUGGCCCCGACCGAGCCUCCCUCAUCGAAGCUUGACAAGAAGAAGCUCUGGACGAUGCGGUCGCUGGGCGGCGCACUGCAGCAGCAAAAUUCACUGCGACUCGUCGAGAGCGGCCAACUGGAGGAGGUAACCCACCCCACCCACACACACAAUACCCAAACAUAGAACGCCGCGCCAUGCAAUGCCAUCGAUGGUGUACUGUGUUGUGUUGUGUUGUGUUGUGUGUCAAGGCGGUGAGGUAUCUGCACCGGCUGGCCGUCAAGAAGCAGAUCGUCGCCGCAACCACUAUCGGUGGGUCGGUACCCACAAGAAGGAAGGAACUCAGUCACAUCGAUCAUGGCUGACUGCCUGCGUGUCGUCUGUAUGUGUAUGUGUGUGUGUGUGUGUAUGUGUGUAGGUAAGCACUGGCGAGGCAUUGCUGUCCGCCGUUCGCUGGGUGAGCUGGGUCGCGACGGCAAGCCCUCUCUGAGCGAGCCCGAGAGCGAGCAUGAUGGUGCCGACGCCGACAUUGACGGCGUGCAGAUCCCCCUCUCCCCCUCCUUCGCCGAGGCCGUCGCGCGGGACCUCUCGACCCUCAUGGGAGGCUCCCCCUCCUCCCGAUCCCUCCCACCCUCACUCUUUUCGCAAUACAUGGACGACGAACAGGGCGAAGCCGAAGACGCUGAUGGCUGGGUAGAUCUCAGACCUGACGUCGGCAGCAAGGCGGUCAGCAUGACCAAGACGCGAUCUGAGCCGACCGUCCGUUUGUCGGCGGCCAGGCGGGGCGUGCUGGGCAAGAGUGGGUCGUCAGGUCUGCAGCAGCCGGCCGCCGGGGACGACGAGGCCGACGUGGACGACGGCAGUGGGCUGUUUGGCAAGGAGUUCGCCGGUGUGGAGGGCACGGCUGUGAGGGUGAGGGUGGUGCAGCUCGAUGACUAUGAUCUCGAUCAUCCAACUGACGACGACGACGAGGGCGGGGUGGACACCUCCCUUCUCAUGCGCAGCGGCACCUUCGGGGGCCCUCGCGUCAACGCCAUGAGGCCACUCGCACACCAUCGCGUCACCCGGGACCCCUCGUGUGUCGUCUGGGAGUCCGCACAUAUGCCUGCACGCAUCGACGUCACCGGCAGGAAACUCUCAGUAUGCGAGCAGCACACACACACACACACACAAGACCAUACCCCUCCCGAACAACACAACACAAACACGCACACACAUUUGCUGUCUCUCUAUCGCUUUUACUUUCUCGCCAGCUGUCGGUCCGCGAGCCAGAGCUUGGUCCGUCGCUGCAGAGCACCUGGUUUGACAAGCUGUUCGCCGUGGGGUGGGUGUCCCAGGGGUUGCAGAUGGAGCGACAAGGAGGGCGAGAUGCAGAGGGGGUUGGCGGUGGUGGCCAGCUGGGCCGGUACGUCAUCCCCAUGGGGGCGGUGGAGGCAUGCGACAAAGGGCAGGACGGAGAGGAAGAGCAGGUGGACGAGUUUGGUGGUGGUGAUGGGGAUCAUGAUGAUGCGACUGCUGUGGUGAGCGGGCAGAAUGACAAUUGCAGCGAGGGCACUUGGUGCGAUGGAUGAAUGUCUGAUUGUGUGUCUAUCUAUUGCUUCCCCCUCUCUCCCUCUCUCUCUCACGUCAGGUGCACGUAUCGCUGGACUUCUUGUCUCGUCAGUUUGUGUUGCGCUGUGAGUUCGACCAUCCCGACGACGCCACAGCAUUCACCACGAGCGUCGACCGCGCCCUCCACCCCCACCAACACAACCAUUGCCUCCCCCACCAGCCCCUCACCGACUCGCCCAACGGCGGCGACAGGACCUCACGCACACACACCACGGCAGCCUCGCUCGCCCUCGACAAGGACGAGGGCGAUGGCUAUGGCGACGAGGCCAGCAGACACAGGGAGGCGCGCGCGGACGACAAAGACACAGAGGUGGCGAAGGAGAAGGACAAAGAGAAGGAGGUGGAGCUGCUUCCCAUGGUGGCCGACGAAACGGAGGUGCGCCACGCCGUCAAGAGGCUCGAAAUCGCCGACUGGUCGCCUUUCAGGAUCGCACGGUGAGAGAAGAAGGAGGCAGCAAGGCCCGUGUGACGACGACUUCCUUGCUGUGUGUGCUUGAUUCAAUUCAUGCGUUGUGAUGCGAUGCAUGCGAUCUGCCAGGGCCGUGUUGAGCCGUGAGCACCCGGUCCCCAACGCCUUCGGGGUCGACGUGAGCCUCAGCCGCGUGCAGCGCACCCUGUUAUUCGCCGCGGACGUCAUGGGCGGCUUCAUGUUCGACGCUCUGUUCUUCACGGCGGCCCCUUCGCCCCUGGGAGUCAAGAGGGGGCAGAUCAGUGGGGUGGGGGAGAAGUGGGGGGCCGGUGAGGAGGAGGGCGAGUUCGACAUUGUGCUGCUGGACUUCAACUUUGGCGACGAGAGCUCGCGGCUCAGGCUGACCUGGAAGGUGGUCGUGGCCACCGUCAUGAGCCUCAUACUUAUGUGGUCAGUAUGCAGCCCCUGAAUGAGUCCAUUGGUUGUCAAUCACCUCUCUCUCUCUCUCUCUCUCUGUGUGUGUGUGUGUGUGUGUCCGUGUCGGUGUGUGUGUGUGUCUGUAGGCCGAUAGAGCGCUUCUUCGACUGGCUGUUUGUGAAGGAGGUGCCGUUAGUCAAGCCCUCCAAGUACGGCGUCGCGAGCAAGGGCAAGGGCAAGGGCAAGAGCCGCAGCACCAAGCUCGACGCGGAGGAGGCCGAAGUUGAGGAGACCAUCCUGUGGGGCAUCGACCAGCAGCAGAAGACCCGUGGCUACAAGUUCUACCUCACCGAGGACGAGAAGGCCGCGUGGGUCCGCCGCACAAGGCGCAAGGAGUGGGUGGGUGUGUCGGUGGUGUCGCUCUUCAUUGUGAUAGCGCUGUUCUACCAGCUCAUGUUUGCGGCCCUGCUGGGUGAGAAUCUGCAGAACGUGUACGACUUUGUGGCGUCCAACGGGCUGGCUGUCCUGGAGGAGCUCAUCCUCUGGCCCCUGCUCGUCUCCCUCGUCACCAUACUCAUCGUCACGUACGCAACGAAGCACCUUCACUCCGCGGGCCUUCGCCGCACUCUCUUUCUGUGUCCGCACUCUCUUUCUGUGUGUGUGUUUGUGUGGCUGUGUGUGUGCAGCAUUGCUCGCCACACGAGAGCAUUUGACUGCUGCCUGCGUCUGUGCCCCCGGAUGACCGACUUCAGCAGAGCGAUCGCCAGCGAUGAGGUGGGUGGGUGGGGGGACAUACACAUGUAUUGGGGCACACACACACCGACACACAGCACAGGUAGAUGAAUGGCGCCAAGAUCGAUCUCUCUCUCUCUCUCCCUGUGUGUGUGUGUGUGUGUGUGUGUUGUGAUGUGUGCAUGCAGGCCGAGUUGUUUUACCUGCAGGAGGCCGACGCCGAGCGGAUCGUCAAGAACCCCGGCGAGCUGCGCAGCUACACCACCAUGAAGGACAAACACAGCAGCAACACCAAGGCCAAGACCAAGACCAAGACCGCCAAACACAGCAGCACCAGCAGCACCACCAGCACCAGCAAAAGCAGCGGGAAGGGUGAAGGCAUCGGCAGGCGGAUCCACAGCAGGCAGACGACAGUCGGGUCCAUCCACUCAUCGACCACACACUCGCACACCCACACACAUACACAUACACUGACGCUGUCUGGGGGCUCCUCGGCCGAUGGGGGCCAGACGGCAGCUCACCAGACGGCUCCGAAGGCGGAGCUGACGGUGUUCGAUCCCAAGCCCAAAGACGUGCCCUCGCCAUGACGGAGGGAGGAAUGGCUGACAUACGUGUGGGUGUGCGGGCGGGUGCACUGCAUCGAUGUGUGUUGGUUGGUGGUAGUGGUGUGUUGUGGUGUGUUGUGUUGUGUUGUACUGUGUGCGUGAGGGGCAUCUAUCUGGGUGCAUUGCAUAUGGGUGGGUCGGUUCCCUGCCAGCGUGUAUGCGAUAGAUGCAUGAGUGCGUCAAUCGCAGCUCGCUGCUCUGCUAAGCUCUCUCCGCUUACCUACUCUCUCUCUCCCGCCCUCCCUAACUGCUGUGCAUCUCUGUCUUUCUCUCUCAUCUGUAUGCUUGUGGGUGUUUGUGUGCAUGAGAGCUCCGUAUUGCAUGAGAGCACCCAGUGAGCUGAAGGCCCAGGAAUGGGAUGGAUGGAAGAAGAGAGAGGUGCGAAACCUCCCAAACCUCCCAAACCUGCCUGCCCCCCUCGGCCACCGUACGUCUUCCAUGAUUAUUGAGCGAUGCAUGUCCGUGCGUAUGUAUUCCCCUGCCUAGCUCACCUCAGCCCAGCUUGUCCACCAACGAGCGUAAUUUGGCUCGUGGCGGCGCUGCCCCCGCAAAAGAGAACGAGAGAUGCUGGCAGGGCUCGUGUGUGUGUGUGUGUGUGCUGCUGCUGCUGCUGCCAUUGUUGAUUUGCGGUUGUAAUGUGGCGUAGCGAAGAGGGAAUUGUCAUUAUCGAGUGAUUUCGAUGGACGCGUGGCGGGGGCAUGCAGCUUGACAUGACUGACACGGUGACAAAUGAAUGCAAUCAGUGGACAGCUGCAUACCUAACAUACACACGUUUGUGUGCGUAUGUCGUGGGUGGGUGUGGUGAUGUACCUACUACCCACCCCACCUAUCUCUCUCUCUCUCUCUCUGUGUGUGUGUGUGUGUGUAACAUAGAGACCUAUGGUAGGUCGCUGUGUCCUCGCCUCCCUGUGUGUGUCUAUCGCGCCGCUAGUCUAGUUUGGGGUGCGUGGGGGUGGGGUAGGUGGGUGUCGUUGGCUGCCUAUCUAUCUAUCUAUCGCACUCGACUGACUGACUGACUGACUGCCGGCUGGCACACAGGCAGGCAAUCCAAUGACACCCACCCCCCCACCAUGCAUUUGGGGCAGCUAGCUAGUAUGAUGGAUGGAUGAUGCGGUCCGGUCAUUGUUACUGACUGCAUCCUGCCUACCCUCAUAUCUGCGUAUAUAUAUACGCUAUGCUUGUGAAGAUAUGGUAUGUGCUCUUUAUCCAUCCAUCCAUCCAACCACGCCCCAUGCCAUAGAGCAAUGGACGGCCCUUGCGCUGCGCGUCGAUUGCAUACUGAUUGAUACAUAUGCUGCCUAAGGCUGGCUCUGCCGGCCCGCCCUGGCUUUAUCUAUCUAUCUCUGUGUGAUGAUGAUGAUGAACGACCGCCCUUUUUUCGCAAUACAGACACACACACACAUACAAUCUGUCUGCCCACAUUUUUCGCUCUCUCGAGGGUCUGUCUGUCAUGGCCAUCGCAUAUAUCGCACCUGUGAGUGAGUCGUGACCUGUGUGCCUGUCUGUAUGCUGAGCGGGUCCGUGCGCUCUCUGCAUGACGUGUUCUCUGCUGGGUGGCCCGGCCCAUGAUUGGGUUUGAGAUACCAUCGUACUGUAGUAGUGAUGGUUCGCGUUCGUUGGCGGUGCUGACUCGUCGUGGGACGACGGGUUUAUCCGGCUCCAUCUGGG